UUCAAAUAGAAGUAAUGCCAAAUCGUAUUUAGAACCAAAAUAUGUCAAGUGACCAUGCCCAGAAAAGAAUUCGUGAGCGUCGAGCAGAAGCGAAAAGAUAUGGAUAAAGACAGACGAGAAACCAUUGUACAGAGGCGAGAGAGGGUUUUAGUGGUCACCAGCCGUUCCGGUGACAAACGACGAGGGCAAAUUUUGCAAGCACAAAGAAUACAUCGUCAACGGACUCUAGACUAUAUCGAGGAGUUGGAAAAUGAAAUAUUCCGACUCCGAGCAGUCGGAGCGAGUUCGCAACCGAAUACUACAUUGCAAGCUCGUCAUCGAGGGUUGGAAGACACUCAUCGUGCCCAAAGCCAAACAGAAUGUCACAUCACCUUGCAUAUCUUGAUUCGGUUCCUGAAUAAGCAGCUUGGUCCAGGGUUGUUCAUGAGACAGGCAGAAUUUCAUGGAGAUUCUUGUUGGGGAGCUAGCCAUCGACUGGAUCAUGAUGUGAUCCGCUCGGAAACUCUCAUAAGCUUGGGCUCGUGUAACCAAUACAUCGAUCCCAGCGCUGGCCUCGACGUUCAUGAUGCAUUAACACAAAUGCUCCUACUAAAUUUCUCUGAGAACAUUGCACCCACACUAGUGGCCUUUGAUGGAGCAUCGAAUGGGUUCAAUGGUAUGCUACUGCCAGUGGCUUAUAGUCACAAACUACUCAGGGACACAAUUUUAGCAGCGUCUGCUAAUCAUCUUCGAUUCAAAAGUCCCCGGCUCGCUAAAAUUGCGAUGCAGUAUCAAGCGGCUGCUAUACAGACACUGACACAGGCCACCGGAACUCUUCCACCUGAUACCGGAGAUGACGCUGUAUUCACACUUGCAGCCAUCGUCGUGCUCAUAGUCAACGACAUGAUGAACGGUGGCGGUGACUUCUCGAUACUCUUCGACAUGGCAAAAUCAUGGAAUCUGGUCAUCAUCGAAAGUAACGCUGUUCAUGACUUACCAUUGCUUGCCUUCUUAAGGGAACAGUUAGAGACUUUCGAGCAUGUUGUACAACCAUUGCUCACAGAAAAGCCUUUCUUCUUGAAUCACAAUAACAUGUAUGAAAUAUUCUCCGCGCUCGAAAGUGCAGUGAAGCAAGCGUGUGCCAUUUACACGUACCACACCACAUGUGGCAACCCUCCUGAAAAUAUUGAAGCUCUUUUGAAAGAGUUGAAAGAUACAGCACUCCUCAUUCCAAGCAACACUCCAGGAGAGAGUGGCUUGGCUUGGGUUUACUUCAUCGCAGCGGCCAAGAGUGCUUCUCCACUGUACAGAACAUUCUUCGCAAGACGUUUGAUGGGUAUUCACGAGAGAAGAAGUUUCGCAGACGUCACAACGGCUUUCAGUGUGCUGCAGCAAAUCUGGGACAAUUGGGAGACGGGUGUCAAAUGGAUGUCUAGUUUAUCUCGGAUGCCCCUUAUAUUCAGAUAACAGUUUCCGACAGGGAUGCAACGAACUCCAACAACAAGUAGCGUUCAUGAAAUCAACUUCAAAACUCCGGAAUAAGAUUCUGUGGUGGGAACUAUAUUCUGGACCAAGUCACAUGUUCUGCAUGGACUCCAAAGUGC